UGAUCGCUGGCUUCUCUUUCACUUGCCACAAUGGUUCCUAAGCAUCUGUUAACCGGAAUUCAUACCCUAGCCCGACCCAUUUGUCAUAGCGCACGACCCACAAAUCUCUGCUCAUAUCCUGAAUUUCUUCAUAAGCUCCAAACCAGGCAUUAUUCAAUUGAACCGCCCCCAGUCACUCUGGCUUUCUCUUCUCCGCUAGCCUCCACUUCAAAUCCAAAGAGCUCUCUGAAUGAAGCUGAGCUACAAAAAUUUGCGGCAAUUUCGGGGACAUGGUGGGAUGGUGAAGGUCCGUUUAAGCCAUUGCAUGUGAUGAACACAACGAGGCUUGCUUUUAUUAGGUCGACAUUGUGCCGGCAUUUUGGGUUAUUGAGCACGUGGCAGAUCCUUCUGAUAGUGGAAUGUUUUCUCUAUGGUAUUUGCCUACUGGCUCAGGUAAUGAGGCAAUCUCACCUUAGGUUCGCAUCUUUUAUUGACCACCGUGGAUGGGUUAUUGAGCACGUGGCAGAUCCCUCUGAUUUCUUCAAAUCCUUGUCUGCAUUGACCAGUUUUGGUGGAGCUACGGUUAUCUCCACAAUAAAUCGAUCCAUGAGAGCAUAUGCAACUGCCAUCCUCAUGGCAGAAUAUCUUCCAAGAGGCACACAUCAAUGGUCGAGCUUCCUGACGCCAGAAGAACUAGUCCUUAUUCUUGAGCGUGCCUCUAUUUCAGUCAAAGAGAUGGCUGGGUUUGUUUAUGACCCUUUGACUGGGAGAUGGUCCCUUUCUGCUGACAUCAGUGUAAAUUUCAUCGCUUAUGGCACUAAGAACGGUGAAUAGUAACCUGACAUCCCGUUUCUUGUUAUGUAACUUUGUUGAGUUACACCGUAUAAUUUGUUUUGAUUUCCUUUCUUUCCCCUCCUCUGCACGUCUUUUAUUUUUAUUUUUUUCCCGUGUCACAACUAGGCUUAUAAACAAAAUGAUUUUUUUUAUUCGAUUCGAUAUUCGAAUUCGAAUACAAAUAAUGUUUUAUAUUCGAAAAUUAAAUAAAUCCAAGUUUGAAUAUGGAGAUAUUCGAUUUGUUAGCGAUAAUUAUAUAAAUUUAUAAAUUAUAUAUAAUAUAUUUUAUUUA